AUGGAAAACGCUUACGUGCAGUCAAACAAGGGAGAAGAUCAGAUGAACUUGCCUCCUGGCUUUCGGUUUUACCCGACAGAUGAAGAGCUAAUCACUCAUUACCUGUUCAAGAAGGUCACUCAAACCAACUUCUCUGCUAUAGCCAUUGGAGAAGUGGAUAUGCACAAGUCUGAUCCUUGGGAUUUGCCGUGGAAAGCGAAAAUGGGCGAGGAAGAGUGGUAUUUUUUCUGCUUGAGAGACAGAAAAUACCAGACUGGUUUGAGAAGCAACAGAGCCACUGAAAAAGGGUACUGGAAGUCCACAGGGAAAGAUGGGGAGAUUUACAUAGGAAGAUGGCUGGUGGGGAUGAAGAAAACUCUGGUUUUCUACAAAGGAAGAGCACCAAAGGGAGAAAAAACCAACUGGGUCAUGCAUGAAUACAGGUUAGAUGGAAAAUUGUCUGUCCACAACUCCAACGGAACUGCAAAGGAGGAGUGGGUUGUUUGCAGGGUGUUUCGGAAGACUUCAGGGGGCAAGAAGACCCACAUUUCUGUUGUAAAGAGGUUGGAAUGCAUUGGAAAUGGACUGGAUUCUUCACUUUCACCACCUGUCUUUGGUUCUUCUCCUUAUUACAUUGGCUUAACUGAACCUCCGAUGAUGAGUGCUGAUUCGGGACUCGUGCCCUGCUUCUCCACCCCAUUUAAUUAUGAAAAUGAGCAAGCAGGGAUUCUUAAUUCUCUAGGAAACCCAGAAAUUCUGCCAACAAUCCCUCUCCACGCCUCAUUGUAUUCUGCUGAACCAUCCCUUCAAGUAGGUCCAGUGAAUUUGUCUCUACCACUCUCUGCUUUUACUGUGCAGGAACGGUGCUUCCUUGAUGCUGCUUUCAUGAACCAUAAUGGAUCGAGAUUGAGAAAUGGUUUUGUAUCAGAGACGGAACAAAUGGUGAGUGUCUCGCAUGAAGCCAGUCUCACCACUGGCAUGCAUGAAUCCGGAGAUCUCUUCAGUGAUAUCAAGUUUUGA